AUGGACGGGGCUCCUAGAGGUCGUGGCGCGAGAGGGCGCGGUGCUCGAGGCUGUUGUGGGAGAGCUAGACUCUGUGGAGGCCGGGGCCGAGGUCGUGGACUUCAGGCGGAUUCGAGAGAGAGUGUGGCCCCGAGCAUGGCGACUGCGUAUGUGACCCAUUCUUUGGCGAGUGAGGCCAAUGUGGAUGCUAGUGUGAGCGUGGGAGAUGGGGCGGCUCCAGUUGUGGGUGCUGCUCCUGCUCAGGGUCGUGAUGACUUGGUGGUGGGUUUGCUGACGCAGCUAUUGGAUCAUUUUCUGCCAGUGGUUCCACAGGGGGCUCCGGGAGUACCUCCAGUGGCACAGGUGCAGCAGGGGGCUGCGGAUUUUAUUCAGCUGCAGGCUGCGGGUGUGGUUGUGCCGUCCUAUUUGGAUAUGGUGGGACACAUGCAGAUGAUGGGUACGCCGUACUUUGCGGGCGGAGUUAGCCUAGAGGCAGCAGAGGACUGGCGUCAGAGAUUAAUUGGAGCAAAAUUUCCAGUCUAUUCGAUGUCUGCAGGAGACGAGUUCCUUGCGGAAUUCAACGCCAAGUACUUCCCUAGAGAGGCGCGGGAUCGUCUUCGUAUGCGUGUCACAUCGAUUUCGCAGGGAGAUCGUACAGUGCGCGAGUAUGACGCUGAGUUCAGCAGACUGUUGGUGCAUGCCGGCAUGGGCAUGGAGGAUGAGUAUCAGUUGAUGAACCGAUUCCUUGAGGGGCUUUGGAAGAGUGUCAGGACUCAGUGCAGAGGUGUUGCUCAUGCUAUCCAGCCUCAGAGUCAGCAGCAGCAGCGCAGAGGUGGUUCGAGUUUCAGUUCUGGUUCUGGCAUGGGCGGUUUACCUGCGCAGGGCCAGAAGAGGAGCAGAGAGGAGACUUCUGGAGUUAGUCAGUUUCCUCGUGUGGCUUCAGUUCAGCCAGUAGCAGCUCAGCCAGUGAGCCAGAUUGCAGCGGCGCAGUCGUUGGGUCAGAUUGCAUCGGCGCCGCGGGGCUAUUCUUCAGUGGAAACUGGCGGAACUAGUCAGACUGGGCAGAUCACAGGUAAAUCUUGGACACAGACUUUGUAA